AUGUCGAAACCUGAUGAGAUACCUGCUCUUUCCUAUAUCCUCGAACCGGCUUUGGUAGCUUCCCUCCUUACCGUCGGAUGCUUGUGGAACCGUCGAAAACCAUCCGAAAUCAUCCAAGCCCAUAAUGUAUCCGGAACAACUCCGAUCCCCACCAACUCGUCAACGGACAAUUCGUGGAACUGGAAAGAGAUGAGAUUCUUCAUGUGGAAAGUCAAAGUACCUUCGAAUGAAAGGUUCAGAAUGAAUUUCUUUAGUAGAUUUUUGGGGAUGUUCCCUUUCUUGUUGGAAGUUUGGUAUUGGCUUUUGACCUACUGGAUAUAUCAAAUUGCUCGAGCAAUUCAGGCAUUAACCAUGGGAUCAGAUUUCCGAGUCUUAGCUGAGAAACAUGCUAGGCAACUUAUCACCAUCGAAAGAAUCCUUCAUAUAGAUAUCGAAUUGGGUUUACAGAGAUUUGUGAUGAAGAAAGCAUGGUUAUUGACCUUCUUCAAUAAGACAUACGCCAUGGUGCAUAUCCCUGCUACCAUCGCCUUCAUGGCCUACUCAUACCGAUAUUUCUCCCCUUUGAUCUUCCAGUCGACCAGAAGAACCUUGGUACUAUGCAAUUGCCUGGCAUUCAUCGUAUUUUCAAGUUGGCCCUGUAUGCCACCUAGAUUAUUACCUUACGAAGAGUUCGGGUAUGUCGAUACGUUACAUACUGGAAAAGCUGCUAGUAUAUGGACCACGAAUAAAUUCCAAAACCAACUGGCCGCUUUCCCAUCUCUUCAUUUCGGAUACAGCUUUGUGAUUGGUUUAUCACUCUUGAUUUACUCCCCUCACAAGCUCGUCCGAGCAAUUUCACUGUUCUACCCACUCCUCAUCCUAUUAGUAAUCAUGGCAACAGCGAAUCACUACAUCCUCGAUGCGGUCGGAGGAUUCUUCGUUACCAUCGUCGCGCACCGGAUCAAUCGAUUAGUAUUGAAUCUUAGACCAAUCGAAGAAUGGUUCUUCUGGUUGCUAAGGUGCGAGAGACCAAUAGAUAAAGUCCAAUUUGAUUCGAUCAUCCAAAGUGAUAGCUUCAUCACUGCGAGUCAUAGAGAUAUGUCACAAAGACCCUUGAUGAGUGGUAGUCCCGAAUAA